AUGGUGCCAAGACAGUUUUGGGGGAGACUGGAGAAGCCGCUUCUCUUCCUGUGCUGCGCCUCCUUCCUCCUGGGGCUGGCUUUGCUGGGCAUACAGCCAGACAUCGCCCCUGUUGCUUAUUUCUUUCUCACCUUGGGUGGCUUCUUCUUGUUUGCCUGCCUCCUGGCCUGUAUUCUGGAAAGGGGGUUCCGAUCAAUGCAGACCGAGAAUUCGGGGGCCUCAAGCAAUGCACGCGACAACGAGGCCUUUGAGGUGCCAACCUAUGAAGAGGCUGUGGUGUUGGAAUCACAGUGCCGCCCCCAAGAGCUGGGUCAACCACCCCCCUACAGCAGUGUUGUAACCCCUCCAGUACUUGAGGAAGGACAGCCUGGCCAUCCAGAGGGGCCCGAAAGAGCUAGACUGGAAAGGCGAGUGGGCUCAGAGGGAUCUAUGACCUCAGGAAACCCUGGAAGAGCUCCAAUCAGCCUUCGGCUUCGGGGACCCCGAGCUGUGUCCACUGCUCCUGAUCUGCAGAUCUUGGGGAUGCCCCCCAAACUGGAGCCUCUUACCCCACCCCCUGACUAUGAUGUCAGCUUUGGUCAGCCUGAUGAUGUUUUCUUUGAAAACAACCGGACACCCCCCUAA